UGCUGAAAAAGGCCGAGCUGAGCUGAUGAGUGAAGCUCUACCAUGUGACGGAGGAGGUUGAGCUCACUCGGGCGGCUCUCUACAUCGAAAUUCUCCGAUGAAAUCCCUGAUCUUCACCAACUCCGCUCAGAUUAACCAUCUGAGUCGCCAAUCCUCUGUCUUCCGCUUCGCACUUCCUCGGGAUGAUCGACUACUCCUGCACAUUUCCCGCAGAAAAUGGCCCCGGAACACCGGAGCUCGCUGUGCUGCCGAACCGGCCAGCUACGGCGGCUGGGAUGACCUGAGGCUCGUCGAAGGCCCGGUCCACUCCGGCGAGUCUGCUCAGUUGCGGCGCUUUCUGGUUUCUGCGGGAUUAGAUGAUAAGAGGUACGUCCUCGUGUUCGUCUUGGGGCUUGUAUCAGCUCUGGCGAUUACCAGAGUUAGGGUUUCGUCAGUGGUUAUAUUUCCUGCUUCAGUUUUGAUCUUUGCGGUUGGUUUCUCAUUCGGAUUAGUCCGCGGCGGGAUUGCCGGUGAGGUGAAUGGCAGCAAGAAACUGCCAAAAGAGGAUGCCGUUAGGUUUAGUAGUGAGAAGUUGAAGUUUCUAGUGGAUUUUUUUGAUGGAUUGGAUGCUCGAGUUGAUUGGAUAAAGAAUGAUGUUCAGAAAGCUAUUGAUUGUAAUAGAGUCUCCUUAGGUGAUUUGCGGAAUUACCUUAAAGAAAUUGAGCUGGUUAGUUCAUCGGCCUCAAAGGCUAGAGGUGCUCUCAGUGCCUCUGUCGGUAGCUUUGUUGGUGUGUUGACUGAGGAUAUGAAAUCGAGUAAGAAAAGGAGAGAGCUUGGUAAGGUUGUGUUCAAUUUCGUUGGGGGCUUAUUUGGAGAGAGUCCGGCCGGUUCGAAUGCUAACAAAAGUAACGAUAAUGAUAAACAAGAGAAUGCUGAAGAUAUCGUGAAGGAUCAUUCCCGUGGAAAUGUUCCGUUCCCUGCAAGCGAAGAAAGCAAUUUGGAUGAUGGGCCAACUUCCAAUCAUGACAGAGGCUCAGAGAGAGGAUUUUGGACUAACUUGAAUCAUGGCAAGGUGGGCUUGGAUGAUAGAGAAGGGUUCAGUCAUCGAGACAGCAGAUUCCAGUUUGUCAAUAAUGAGCGUGUGUAUAUGAAGGCAAGUAGCAAUUAUGAAACACGAACGUGGAGGUCCCAGGAUAACCUGCUUGAUUUUACUGAUAAUGUUCAUAUGAAAAAUAUGGAAACCGAAGCAUCCAUUGUGAAAGGGCAGUGGGGCAAAGAAUCAAGUGAAACUUACACAUCUUGGAACAGCAGGGACAGGAAUUAUAGCAAAGCUCAUCAAUCUCAGCUUCGGGGUAGAAAUGUAAACCCCAAAGAGGACUCCAUCUUUGUCAAUGACCAUUCGGAACUGGAGGGAGAUAUCAGAACCUCACCCUCUUCCAGAAUGUCAGAAGAUGUGGUUUUUGAUAGGUAUCUGACCGAAGCAAAUAAUCUUUUAAAACGAGCACGGGACUUGGCGAGGACAAGAAGUGAAGAAGAUCAUGCCCAGGCCAUUCUUUACAAGACUGCAGAAAUACUGACAAGAGCUACAGCAAUGAAGCCCAUGAGUUUGUUGGCAGUGGGGCAGCUGGGUAACACGUGUCUUCUUCAUGGUGAAUUGAAGUUGAGGAUGAGUCGUGAUCUGAGGACUAUACUCUCGAGCAAUGAACCUUUGUCUUUCGAUAGACAUGGUGGAAGUUUGAGCAGCUUUGACUAUGAUGCAACCAGAAAAGAUAAAAUUGCAUCUGCUCUCAUUGGAGUCUGUGAAGAGUGCGAGGACCUUCUCAUGGAAGCAGGAAGAAAGUACAGACUUGCAUUGUCCAUCGAUGGGGAUGAUGUAAGAGCACUUUAUAAUUGGGGUCUCGCUCUCUCCUUCCGUGCUGAAUUGAUAGCAGACAUAGGACCGGAAGCUGCUUAUGAUGCUGACAAAGUGUUCCUGGCUGCAAUCGACAAAUUCAAUGCAAUGAUGUCCAAAGGCAAUGCUCAUGCACCAGAUGCAAUUGCAGCUCUGUUUAGAUGGGGUGUUGUAUUGCAACAAAGAUCACGCUUACGUCCACGGAACAGCAAAGAAAAGGUGAAGUUGCUCGAGCAGGCGAAGAGGCUAUAUGAAGACGCACUACAUAUGGAAUCUGACAAUCCCCGAGUAAGAGAAGCAUUAUCGUCGUGUAUAUCCGAGCUUAGCUAUAGGAACCUCUAGUCGCAUUUCCUGAUGCUGAUUGCCAUGAAAUGGCAUUCUCUUUUUUAAGUUUUUCUGGUCCAUAUUUGGUCUCAGAUUGGUGAUCUGCAAAAUGUAUGUGAGGAAUCCUUGCGUCCUUGUAUUGUUUUUUGUGCAUGAUAACGAUGGAAUAAUGCGGAAAUUAACGGCAACUAGAUCUUUCAAAA